CUCUCGCUGCCACUGCGCUGGGAUUGCUCUCCCUUGGCCUUAAAGUCCCACGUUGCUCUGCCCUCAUCUGUCCACCUGUGAUCCGAACGGGUCGUGGGAGUUGGAGGAAGGACUCAGGGAGACCCAGGCAGCCUAGAAAUGGACUCAGUGGCCUUUGAGGAUGUUAAUGUGGAGUUCACCAUGGAGGAGUGGGCUUUCCUGGAUCCAACCCAGAAGAAACUCUACAGAGAUGUGAUGCAGGAAACCUUCUGGAACCUGGCAUCAAUAGUAUGUAUUUUGGAAGAAAAAUGUGAUGACCAUGACAGUGAAGAUCACUAUGAAAAUUAUGGAGUAAAUCUUAGCAGUCAUAUGGUAGAAAGUCUCUGUAAAAGGAAGGAUGGUAGUCUUUGUAGAGAAACCUUCAGCCAGAUUCCAAAUCAUAAUGAGAAGAAGAAAACUCCUACUGAAGUAAAACUGCCUGAAUCCAGGUUGUGUAGACAAGUCUUCAUGCAUUAUUUAUCCUUUAAUAACCACAUGAGCUCUCACACUGGACCCCAACUGAACCAGUGUCAGGAAUAUGAAGAGAAGCCUUAUAAAUGUAAGGAAUGUGGGAAAGCUUUCAAGUAUCGCCAAUAUAUUCGAAUACAUGAAAGGAAGCACAGUGGAGAAAAGCCCUAUGAAUGUACAAAAUGUGGUAAAGCCUUCAGUUAUUUAAGUAACUUAUAUAAACAUGGGAGAACGCAUGAUAAAUCCUAUGACUCUAAGGAAUGUGGUAAAACUAGUUCUUCAGGGUCCCUUGGAAAUCAUAAAAGUAUUCAUAUUGGGAAAAAAUUUUAUGAACGUGCAAAAUGUGGUAAAGCCUUAAGUUAUUUAAGUAUCUUAUAUAGACAUGCAAGAACUCAUAGUCAAGAGAAUCUGUGUGAGUGUAAGAAGUGUGGGAAAGCCUUGAGUUCUCUCACCAUGUUUCAAAGACACAUGAUCAAGCACACUUUUGAAUGUAAGGAGUGUGGGAAAGUUUUCAGCUGUCGAAAAAGCUUUCGAAGUCAUGAAUCGCUGCACAGUGGAGAAAAGCCCUAUGAAUGUAAGGAAUGUGGUAAAGCCUUCAGUUGUUUCAGAUAUCUUAGAAAUCAUAAAAGAACUCAUGAUGUAAAGAAGCCUCAUGAAUGUAAGGAAUGUGGGAAAGCCUUCAGUUGUCUCAGAUAUCUUGGAAAUCAUAAAAGAACUCAUGAUGGAAAGAAGCCUCAUGAAUGUAAGGAAUGUGGGAAAUCUUUCAUUUAUCCCUCUUCCCUUAAAUAUCAUGAAAGAUGUCAUACUGGGGAAAAACCAUAUGAAUGUAAACAAUGUGGGAAAGCCUUUAGUUGUCCAAAAUACUUUCAAAUUCACAAAAACACUCAUAGUGGAGAGAAACCAUAUCAAUGUAAGCAAUGUGGAAAAGCUUUUAGUUCUCCCAUGUACUUUAGAGCACAUGCAAGAACACACAGUGGAGAAAAGUCCUACAAAUGCAAGGAAUGUGGUAAAACCUUCAGUUUCUCAAGUAGUUUCCGUAGACAUGUGAAAAAACAUUGUAGAGAUAAACCCUGUUAAUGUAAAGAGUGUGGGAGAACCUUCAUUUGUCUCAGCUUUGCAAUCACAUGAUAAUCCAGAUUGGAGAUGGACCCUAGAAAUGUAAAGAGUGUUAGAAAGCAAUAAUUUCUCCCAGUUUAGAGAAUGAAAGAACUCACACUGAAGAGAAGCCCUGUCAAUGUAAAGAUUGUAGAAGGGUCUUCUUCAGUCAUCUCAGUUCUUUAUAAAAUUUUAAAAGAACUCAUGCCUAAGAGAAAAUCUAUGAAUAUAAGGAAUGUGGGAGAGCCGUUCAUGGACAUGUAAGAAUGACAUGGAGAGAUUGUGUAUAAAUGUAGAGAAUAUAGAAAAGCCUUUAGCUGUCCCUUUUCCUUGGAAAUGCCAUGAAAAAAGCUAACAGUGGAGAGAAUUCUAUUGAAUGUAAAGAAUAUAGGAAAACCUUCAUUUUGCCUGAUAGCACUACAGUACCCUGUGAGAAUGUACACUGGAUAGAUACAGUAUAACUGACAAUGAAGACAACCUUUUAAUUGUUAGCAUGCUUUCAGAGUAGCUUGAAAACUGCACUGGAAGGAAAUCAUAUUACUAUAACUAGUACUUGAAAGCCUGGUGUAAAUUAAUUCAUAUACUCCCCAAAUUUCACAACAUGAAAGAAAUGCUAUAAAUGUUAGACAUAUAUGGUCAUUAUCAUGGACUCAUUCUUAAAGUGAUUCUCCUUCGUAUGGUGUUCCACUUACUUAUGCAGAUAAACACUGAAGUAAUAUAAUUCUGUAGGUUCUCUUUAACAAGAGUUUCCAUGUUUAUAGGUAUUUUUUCCUUUUAGUUAGUUAAUAAACAUUUUGUGUUUCAGUAUUGAAGUUUAUUACAGCCAUGGGUGAAUGGCAGUGGGUUACUAAUAUGCAAGUAGGUUUUACUUUUUUUUAAAUGUGUCUUUAUUGAUUUCAGAGAGAGGAAGGGAGAGGGAGAGAGAGA